AGAAAUCAUUGGUAGAGGAGACGUCGUAAUGGAGCGAGUCGAAUCAGCGGAAAAUAUAGCAGAUCCCUUAACUAAGCCUUUACCACAGAAAGUGUUCGAAGGACAUCUUGAGAAGAUGGAUCUAAGAUACAUGAGUGAUUGGAACUGGGGCAAGUGGGAGAUUGUUGGAGUAGUAUACCCGGC